UCAAGCAGAGGAUCUUGAUUCUCAGCUAUGGCGGAUCCAAGACCGGAUCGAAUCGGAACCCUAACAUUUUGGAAGAUAAAGUAGUGAUGAAACAUUUAUGUGGUUGGUUUGGUCUGUCUUCAAUUCUGGUGGUGGGCGUUGGAGAAGAUGGACGCUGGUGCUUCUGCCAUUUCAAUAGAUUGCAAAACUCUUCCUUCCCACUGGGACUUCAGCUGUGAUUUUGAAGUAGAUUACGAGUCUGAGGAAAAUGCUCAAAUUGUUUACUCAGCAUUGGCUGUUGACAAGGAGUUGCAGCCAGACAAAGUGAAAAGGCAGAUGACUGUUUCUAAUGAAAAGCUUUCUGUGCAUUUUGAAGCAGUUGAAGCAAGAUUUUUUCGCGCAUCAUUUAGUGCUUUUGUGGAUGUUCUUACGCUCGCCACAAAAACAAUUGAAGAAUUUGGUUAAGGAAUGGAACUCUGAUGCCCUUUGUAAUACACUCUGAUUAUUGGUUUUUCCAGCUAUUUAGUUGUAAUGCAACUCUAUUUAUUAUUUUUCAUAUCAUUUUUGGUUGCCCAUUCUUUUUCUUUUUCUUUUUCUUGUUCUUUUUGUUUUAACACAAAGGAUUGUACCUUAAAUUUCAUAACUUUUUUUAGUCAUUGUUUACUUCGAUAUUUUCAGAAUGCAUUCAUUGGAA